AAAAUAUUUUGUAAGUAUAUGGCAUCACUGUUCUCAGUCAACUAUUUUUCUAAAUAAAUAAAAGUGAAGUAUGAACGUAGAUCCACCAACAAAACCUCCCCGCGGAGUAAAAUAUGGAAAAGAUGAGCCUGGAUGCGGUUUUCUAGUCAAUGUCAUAAAAUCACUUGGAUUUAGUGAAACAAAUGAAGAGCGACAAAAGGAGAAACUUAAAAUUGAAAAGGAAUUCAAACGUUCCGAUCAGAGACUGAAUGAGCUAGUAUCGAAAUAUGAUCAACAGCUUACACAAGUCUUGCCGCUUUUUAGCCAAGUAUCUACUGAGAUAGCAUCAAGUAGAGAAAGAAUACAUGCCGUUAAAGAAAACUUAGGAGCAUGCAAGAGAUUGCUGCAAUGUCGUCGUGAUGAGUUAAAAAAAAUGUGGACAGAUGCAGUACAGCAUAAAUAUGUGCUGGAAAUGUUGGAACAAAUCAACGAAUUACGCAAAGUGCCUCAACGUGUAGUAGCUUACACUGCUAAACGUCAAUAUUUGCAUGCCAGCAAAGCCUUAACAGAUGCCUUAGCUUUAAUACAAGGUCCCUUACAGGGUGUAGAGGGUUUAAAUGAUUUACGUACUGAUUUACAAGCACGCCGUCAACAGCUGUAUUAUCGGUUGCAUGAAGAACUUGUAACGCAAUUGUAUAAGAAUUCUGCAUCAGAAGCACUUUCAACAUUUCAAAGAAAUAACUCUAGUAGAUUAAACGGUAGCUUUACGCGUGGUAUUAUUGCGAGACGUUCAACAGAUCGCAUUGAAGCAAAUGCACGUGUACGUAAAGCUUUAACUGAAAUGGCACAGGGAUUUGAUCUGGAGAAAUCUGAAAUUAUUCAAGAUACUGAUCUUAUUGAUAAUGAGCUAAGUAUGACAUAUUUCAUAUCAAUAAUUGUCGAGUGUUUCGGUAUGUUAGGUAAAGUACCAGAUUCGUUGGAAAAGUUACGUGUGCAAAUACAAGACGAAUUAUUGCAUGUGGUCAGGAAUACAACACAAGAACUAAUUUCACUUAAUCUAACAGCAAAUAAUCGUUACCCAUUGUUAGCACUAUUAGAAGUAAUAUACGAACAGUUCAAAUCAAUUGCAAAAACACAUACAUUAUUGCUUAAGAACUAUUUAGCAGUUGUACAAAAGUAUUCUGUAGUCGGACCGCAGCCAUACGAUUUAACUGAUUUUUGGGCGCAAGCACAAUCAGUACUGCAAUUGUUACUCACGGACUAUUUGGAUAUUCAAAAUUCAGCCGCAGAUGAAUCCUCACAAUCUGCAUUUUCUGAACCAACGAGUAAUAUAAAUUUCUUUUUUCUAAGACGAAAAGUUCCAAGCACAAAGAAGACACUUUUUAAACUUGAUAAAGCAGCACAUGUUACAACGCAGCAAACAUCAUCCAAUGGAUCAUUUAAAGAGCAUCGACGAAAUGCUUCAGAUGUCUCAACAGAUGACAAUUUAGCUGGGUCAUUGAAUAAUAGUGGAAGUGGCAAAGGCAGUAACAUAGUACCUAAUGAAAAGCAACGUGAAAAAAUUUUAAUUUGUACACCAGAUCAGAAUGUUAUAACAAAGGUGUAUCUACCACUCAUGAGUUACAUACAAGAAAUAGAAAGCUUUAUGAAGUGUAAGCCUGGACAACCUUGUAGUUUGCAUGACUUUAUAGACAACUACAUAAAAGAUACAUUCCUCUUAAAAGGUCAUAAUCGUAAUUUAAAUAUGACAAUAGAAUCGCUUUCGAAAAAUCAAGAUGCUUGGCGUGCAAUUAUCAGUCCGGAAGACAUGAAAACAUACAAUUUAACACGACCAUUGUUACAAUCUACAGCCAUGGUUGAACGUCGCUUAUCAGAGACAAAAACUCUUAUACAGGACUUGCCAUGUUAUUCCGAAGAACUUUUAAAAAUGGUCUGUGCUCUAUUAAAAACAUAUCGUGAAAUAUGUCAAGCCGCGUAUCGAGGCAUUGUACAACCUGACUCUGAAGACAAACGCAUAUAUAGUGUAGCAUGGUUAAAGGAUGAGGAUAUAAGUCGAUUUUUAAAAACUUUGCCCAAUUGGACUGAUCUUAAAAGUUCCAAUCAGCGCCCGAAGCAUGGCAAAAAAUUGCAACGUAACCAUUUUGAGCCAUCAGAAGAAGAGAGCCCUUUACAAGUACAACAACGAAAUAUACGCGAAGCUGAGAUGCUGACUAGUAAUUUAGGCGAAGGUGGCAUAACACAACAAGAAAUACUUGGAGAUAUCAGUGUGUUGAAAGAAUUGGCUAUAUUGCAGGAGAGUAUGGAGUGGUUUUCUUGUCGUGUUUCGGAAUUUGCAAAUGAUUUACGCAGGCCACUUGUAAAUGGUUUGAAUAUAGUAGCAAAUGAGUGCGUAUCUGAUAUAACCAUUAAAGAUGGCACCAUCAAAGUCCUUACAAAUUUAGCAUUAGAAUUCGACGAGCUAUCAAAUACCUGUUUACUAGUGUUACAUUUAGAGGUGCGAGUACAAUGUUUUCACUAUUUACGUUCAAAACCGAAACAUAGGUCAAAUAAUUUUAUUGACACCAAAGAGGAUGUUCUAGAACCGGAUACACAAGUUCAAAUGUUAACAAAACGUUUGUCAGAAAUGGACGAAGCAUUCAGUUCGACAUUACAUCCGAGAAAGACUAGGUAUAUAUUUGAAGGUCUAGCACACUUAGCUGCACGCAUACUAAUACAAGCGUCUAAUUAUUUGGAAAACAUUGAUCAAGUAACUGUGCAACGUAUGUGCAGAAAUUCAAUAGCUUUACAACAAACUUUGAGUAAUAUUACAGCGUCAAGAGAAGUAGCAUUGGAUCAAGCCAAAAGCUUCUAUGAACUUCUAUGCAUGGAACCCGAUGAAAUUCUUACUGCAAUUGUCGAGAAAGGUCCACAAUUUACUGAGAUGCAAUAUUUAAAUGCAUUACACUUAUCGUGCAAAGCACGUGGAAUUACUGAUUCAAACGCUUUAGCAUCCUAUCAACAAAAGCUGUCCGAUAUUUUGGGAGCCAAACCCUCCACUGGUGUUGUUGUUUAGUAAUAGAAACAAAAUUGUAACUCAAUUUAGCGUUUAAGACUGUUUUGCUAAAAAUUAUAUAUAUUUAUUAUUAUAAAUACACUUGCUAUGCAAAUAUGUAGUUUUCACUGUAUUAUUAAAAAUUAACAAAAAUAA